UAUAUAGAGAACUAUGUUACUGUGUAAUAGCUUAGUUUUCUGGCCAGCAAUUAGGAAACCUAAGAACUUAUUGUGUUCUGAUCAUAACCGCAAGUCCAAGAUUCCAUCCUUAGUAACAAACAAACACGUUAGUUACAAGGCAAGUGCAUCUUUUAAUGUAACCACCAAAAGUACUAGUUAUGAUUUGCAAGGCAAGGGUGGUGUAGGGAUCAUCAAUUUUUUUCAAGGAAAGAACAUUUUUAUUACUGGUGGAACUGGUCUUCUCGGAAAAGCACUUGUCGAGAAGUUGUUGAGGUUGACACCGGUGGGUAAAAUCUACAUACUAGUGAAAGCAGAUGAUCAUGAAACAGCAAUUGAUAGAAUUACCAAAGAACUUAUCAACUCAGAGCUAUUCAAGUGUCUGCAAGAAAAACAUGGAAAAUAUUACCAAGAAUUUAUGGCGAAGAAUCUGGUGCCGGUUAUCGGUAAUAUUACUGAGCCGAAUCUCGGAAUGGACCCUGAUUCUGCUCAUGCAAUUAUGAAGGAUGUCAACGUCAUUAUAGAAUCUGCAGCCAAUACUAACAUAAAUGAAAGGUACGAUGUGUCACUCAAAACUAAUGUCAAUGGCCCCCAACGAAUAAUGAGUUUUGCUAAGGCGUGCAAGAGCCUUGAGCUCCUUGUCUAUAUUUCAACCGGUACAUAGAGAUG